CGUUGCUUGAGGGACUGGGGCUGAUUUCUGGUUCAGCUGCCGGAGAGCAGGCUUGGCCAUGGGGAAAGCAGACUUCCUUACUCCGAAGGCAAUCGCAAAUCGUAUCAAAUCGAAAGGACUCCAGAAACUGCGAUGGUACUGUCAAAUGUGUCAGAAACAGUGUCGGGAUGAGAAUGGCUUUAAAUGCCACUGCAUGUCUGAGUCGCACCAAAGACAACUGCUCCUUGCUUCUGAAAAUCCUCAGCAGUUUAUGGAUUAUUUUUCAGAUGAAUUUCGCACAGAAUUUUUAGAAUUGCUAAGGCGUCGGUUUGGAACCAAGAGAGUACAUAAUAAUAUUGUCUACAAUGAAUAUAUCAGCCAUAGGGAGCAUGUACACAUGAAUGCCACCCAGUGGGAAACACUUACAGACUUCACCAAAUGGCUUGGCCGAGCAGGUUACUGUAAAGUGGAUGAGACUCCAAAGGGCUGGUACAUUCAGUAUAUAGACAGAGAUCCAGAAACAAUUCGCAAACAGCAGGAACAGGAAAAGAAGAAAAAACAAGAUCUAGAUGAUGAAGAGAGAACUGCUAAAUUUAUUGAGGAACAAGUUAAAAAGGGCUUGGAAGUCACUGAACAGAACACCCCUACCUACACUGAAUUAAGCAGACAGAAUGAGGAAGAGAAAGUUGCAUUCAAUUUAAACAAAGGAGCAAGCACUUCAGGAACAGCUACAACUAAGUCAAGUUCUCUUGUAUCCAAUGCACUUAAGUCUGCUGCUGUUAUGGGCUCAGUAAAACGAAAAGACACCUCUCAGGUGCAACCAAAGGAAAAGAAGAAGAAAUCUGCCCUUGAUGAGAUUAUGGAGAUGGAAGAAAAAAAGAAGAAGACAGAGCGCACAGAUUUUUGGUUACAGCCAGAAAUUGUUGUAAAAAUUGUUACGAAAAAAUUGGGAGAAAAAUACUACAAGAAAAAAGCUGUAGUAAAGGAAGUGAUUGACAGAUACACUGCAGUUGUGAAACUUGUUGAUUCUGGAGAUAAAUUAAAGCUGGAUCAGACCCAUUUAGAGACAGUUAUCCCAGCACCAGGAAAGAGAGUUUUUGUUUUAAAUGGUGGUUACAAAGGAAAUUUUGGCAUCCUAGAUUGCAUCAAUGAGAAGAGCUUUUCGGCUACAAUAGAAAUUGACUCAGGACCAUUAAAAGGACGGAAAGUGGAAGGCAUCCCAUAUGAAGACAUAUCCAAAGUUGCCUAGAUGUAUUAAAUAUGACCAGACCUGUGUCUGCUGGAAAGAUACAAAACUCUACUGUGUCAGAGUUUUAAUAUUUUAAGUACAUAAAGAACAAAAAUAGCAAAAUGGUUGGGCUGCACACUUUGGGUUAUUGUUAAAUAUUUCAUUACCCCAGAUUUAAAUAUUUUGCUGUAAUGGUUUCCCAGCUGUUUACUUAUUUGGAACAUUAAAUAUAUGUUUUUACAAUAUAA